AUGCGUCUACUCUCAAUAUUCGGGAUCGCUACUCUUUCCCUGUCGGGGAUUUCAACAGCAUUAAUAAUUGAAGGAGAGCCAGAUGUCAAUGCUUCGCUGGUGCAACAACAUCUCAGAAAUCGCGAGAAACUGAUCGCGUUGGAAAAGACGCAUCGACAGGAUCACUUCUUCCGGCAAAGUCUCUCUCCAACUGCCAAACGGGCCGAUGAGAUUGUUCAAGCAAUUCGACAGGAUGAGAUUGACAAUUACUGGCGAGUGGCCGGUAGCCCGGACGGCGAGGAUGAACGGUUCGCAGGAGAAGUUUUCCCUCUUGCUCGACCGUAUAUCUCCAAUACCACCCUUUGGAGAGUAGUCAAGCGUAUGCCGAAGGGUGCACUCUUGCACGCACAUUUGUCCGCUAUGUUGCCAUAUGAAAAGAUCAUGGAAAUCAUCAUCAACACGGAAGGCAUGGUAAUGUCCGCAUCACAGCCUCUUGACACCGAAGAGGCCCAGCAGAAUGCCACUAUCACUUUCGCUCAUAAUAACGACACUCUUACGACCGAUCAGUCAAGAAUUGACACUGCCGAUUAUAUACCUGAUUCGGAAAUCCCAGUCAAAACCGCCGCAGCCAAUUUCGAAGGUGGCAAAGCGGGUUUCAUUGAAUUCAUCAAGAGCAAGACAACCAUCUUGCCGGAGGAUUCUAUCCGCCACGAAUUAGGCGUUGACGAGAUCUGGAGACGGUUCCAGGCCUGUUUUGGUCCCACUGAUACCAUGAUUGCAUACGAACCUGUCGUACGGAAGUUUUAUCAGACACUUUUCGAAGAUUUAGCUGUUGAUGGUAUUAACUGGGUGGAAAUUCGGAGCGGCGGAUCGAGUGGAAAGCUAGUUCACGAAGGAGAUGAAGACGUCGAUCCUGAUCUUGACGCCUGGUGGCAUGUUUUGGUUGAGGAGAUUGACAAGUUCAAGGCCACCGAGAUAGGCAAGAACUUCUUGGGCGUGAGAAUUAUUUGGUCGGAUGCGCGCAUCAAGAACCGCGCUGCAAUCACCAAGAGCAUGAAAAUCGCUCUCGAGAGGAAGCAAAACUUCCCAGAGCUCUUCAGUGGCUACGACCUCGUUGCCCAGGAGGAUCUCGGCCGUCCUCUUUCUGAUCUUGCACCGGAACUAGUAUGGUUCCGUGAACAGACCGAGGCCUUGAAUCUCACCAUUCCGUACUUCUUCCAUGCAGGAGAAACGCUAGGAGAUGGCAAUUCCACCGAUAAUAACUUAUUCGAUGCCGUGCUGUUCAACACGCGACGAAUCGGUCACGGCUUCUCGUUGUAUAAGCACCCGAACUUGAUCCGUCAAGUUAUUGAGCAGAAUGUUAUGAUCGAAGUCUGCCCGAUUUCGAACGAAGUCCUUCGUCUGAACGAAGAUAUCCUUCACCAUCCAUUGCCAGCGAUGAUUGCUCACGGUAUUCCGACCGCAAUCAGUAAUGAUGAUCCGGCAAUCCUUGGACAGGACGCGGCAGGUUUGAGUUAUGACUUCUAUCAAACCAUCCAAGCAUUUGACAAUAUUGGUCUCGCUGGGCUGGGUGCACUGGCACAGAACAGUCUGCGCUGGGCAAACUUCGAGGACCAGUCUGACAAAGAUUGGGUCCAAGAUAUUGACCGUGGUGAGCACGGAACUGGUAUCAAAGCUAAGCACAUUCAAGGUUGGAACAAGGACUGGGAGGAAUUUUGCCAGUGGAUUGUGGACGAGUAUGGUUCAAAGUACCAGACAGUCGAGAUUGACUAA